AUGGCACGACCACAGAAGAUGGUCAUAGUGGGCGCUGGCCCGGUAGGCUCGCUGGCCGCCUUGUAUGCGGCUCAGCGAGGCUACCAAGUUGAGGUUUACGAGUUGCGCCCAGACCUCCGGGACCCCCGUAUCAUCCCUCUCAACUUUACAAAGUCCAUCAACCUCGCCCUCUCGGAGCGAGGCAUUAAUGCCAUCCGCCAUGCCGGAAUGCCGGAGCUGCUUCAAGACAUCCUCGGCGCGUGCGUGCCCAUGCGAGGCCGCAUGAUCCACGGCAAGAAGCCCUCUGGCGCAUUGUAUGAAGUACCUCAGGACUUUGACGUCCAUGGCCGAUGCAACCUGGCCAUGGACCGUGGCGCGUUGAACGCCAGACUUCUUGAUGCGCUCGAGGAUCUUCCCAAUGUCGAGCUCUUCUUCAACCACAAGCUGACCGGCGCCGAUUUCCGCAAGCGCAAGGCCUGGAUUGAGAACCGAGAUCGGCUGUCGCCGAGCGGUCGCCCGCGCGAAAUGGAGAUUGACUUUGACAUUAUGCUGGGUGCCGACGGCGCGCACUCUGCUGUGCGCUACCACAUGAUGAAGUUUUCGCGCAUGGAUUACCAGCAGGAGUACAUUGACACCCUUUGGUGUGAGUUUCGCAUCGAACCCGGCGAGGCGCGGACCGAUGGCUCCGAGACCUGGAAAAUUUCACCCAACCAUCUACACAUUUGGCCAGGCAAAGACUUUAUGUUUAUCGCUAUUCCUAGUGAAGAUGGCUCAUUCACUUGCACGCUCUUCUUACCCGCCAGCGGUUUUGCCACCCUGGAAGCUGACCCUUCCGAGGUACCAAACUUCUUCGACGUCAACUUCCCGGGUGUAAGAGACCACAUCUCUGAUGCGUCCCUCAUCGAGGCUUUUAACACGAACCCGCACCUACCCCUCAUCAGCCUCAAGUGCAAGCCCUACCACUUUGGCUCCUCCGGCGUCAUCAUUGGCGACGCCGCACACGCCAUGGUGCCCUUCUACGGCCAGGGCAUGAACACGGGUAUGGAAGACGUCCGUAUUCUCUUUUCUGUCCUCGAUAAGCACACGGCCCAGCUAGCCGAGACCAACAAACCCCUCGCGGAGGAGGAGUUCGACGAGGAGGAGGAGGAAUCGUCCGUCGAGGCCGCUGCCGACCAGGCGCACGCGCAGGCCCUGGCCGAGUACUCGGCGACGCGCUGGGUCGACGCCUACACCAUCAACGACCUCGCGUUCCAAAACUACGUCGAGAUGCGCACGUCGCAGUCGACCACGUACAAGCUCCGCAAGUCCCUCGAGGAGUUCAUGUCGCUGCACUUUCCCUCGUUUGGGUGGCAGACCAAGUACUCGCUCGUCGUCUUCAGCAACCGGCCCUACUCCGAGUGCGUGCGCCGGACCGACAGGCAGGGCCGCGUCUUGAUGCGCCUCUUCAGCGGCCUGGUGACGAGCCCGUUCCUGGCGGCCGGCGUCUACCUCGCCUACAGCUACCGCCGGCCGAUGAAGGAGCUCUGGCACAAUGCGGUGGCUAUAUGGCAAAUGAUGUAA